CAGCGAAGAGUUCUCUUUUCGGAUAAUUCAUUUUAAAAGCUGUACAAUCGCAAAUAUAUAUACUUAUUUUUUCAGAAUGAUAAUAAUUACAAUAAUAAUGACAAUAAACCUCUGUUAGACGUGGUGACAGUGAGGUAGAAUAAACAAAGCUAUUAAAAAAUUCUUUCUUUUCAAACAGCGGAAUUAAUAAUCGUCUGAUUGUUAAUGGCUUAUAUAUUCAUCAAAAGAUAGAUAGUGAAAUUAUCAUUGGAAAAGGAUGGCUCAGUAAGUUAAGAUAAAAUGUUGAAAUUCAGAUUAAAUGUAAUCAGAAGGAUCAUAGAAAUAGAAACAAACCAGUUAUUAACAUAUGGAAACAACAUUCUCCAAUUUUAGGUCAUUUAAAUUUUGUAAACAUUUAACGAAUGCUUGUCAUUUCUAUUCUCAAAAAAAAAGAAAAAAGAAGUUCAUUUUGAUUGGUUAACUACUCUAUCCAGUUAUAUAGUGAUUUUUUGAAAUAUAGAUACAUUUGAUUAUUACAAGCUGAUAUAAGUAGUUUUGUUUUAAACAUUCAUUCAUCAAUUAAAGUUUCUUUCUGAAUAACUAAGUAAUUCAUGUUAUAUAAGUGUUUAUAUUGUUAGUACAGGAUAAAUAUGAUCAGAAUUAAAAACACAGACUAUAGACUAUAGUAAUACAAAGUUUAUUCUAUUGGACAAAUGUAGACUAAUUCUCUAUAUUCAAAUACGUUUUUUUAUACAAAGAAAGGAUGCACAAGAUGAUAGAAAAUAUGUUGAUUGUUUUAAAUGUAACAAUGAGAAUUUUCAUUUUACAUUUAUGUUAUGUAGGUACUGAAAUAUGGAAUGAGGAGCUACUUUUAAAAGAAAACUUCAUAAAUGGAUCACCUAACCUAUGUCAAAAUGGUAGACAUCAAUCACCGAUUAAUAUUAUGACCAAAAAUCUUGUUUAUGAUCAUUCACUAUCCGCAAUGGAGAUAGAAGGAUUAGAAAAGCAACUUGAACUAAUAGUUGAAAAUUGUGGAUACGAUAUACGUAUAAGUUUAACUAAUGAAUUUGUACAAUUAAAUGGUGGUCCAUCCUCAUAUGCUUAUCGAAUUUCUUUUAUGCAAAUUAAAUUUGGAUCAGCAUCAACUCAAGGAUCAGAGCAUACAAUAGAUGGUAAAGCAUUUCCAGGUGAAUUGCAGAUUUAUUCAUUCAACAAUGAAUUAUACAAUAAUUUAUCUGAGGCAUUUUAUCGUCCGAAUGGUAUACUUGCUAUCAGUGUUUUCUUUAAAAUUGGAAAUGCAACGAAUAAGGACCUUUUAGGAGUUGUAGCUGCAGCCGAACAAACAAUAUUUAAAGGUGAAACAUUCCAGCUAAAAGGUCUUGAACUGCGCUCAUUACUAACAUCAACACAUGAGUUUAUGACAUAUGAAGGAUCAUUGCCAUUUCCUCCAUGCCAUGAAACAGUUACCUGGAUCAUAUUGAAUCAUCCUAUAAUGAUUACUGAAACUGAAUUAAAGACUCUUCGGAGAUUACGAGUUGCCGAUACAUUAUGGUCAGGAUCGAUGGCUGACAAUUUUCGACCAACUCAAGCUAUUAAUAACCGUUCAGUUCGGACGAAUAUCAAUUUUCGUAGUUCGAAUGAAGCGUGUGAUGUGCGUAAACAAGUUUCAUAUAUUGCUAAUAUUGCACAAGUUUGAAAUGGAAUUCUGUAAAACGAUAUUUGAACAAAAUCAAACUGGAUCGCUCCUUUCUCCUGUUUUGUUUUGCCUUCUAUGAGAAAUAAUCAGGGAAAACCCAUCAAAUAUGAAAGACGAUACUUUUGUUUGUUUGUUUUCUUUAAUAGACUUUAAACUAGAACUCAAAUAUAUUUCUAUUUGUAUUAUAAUUGCUUAAUAACUCUAUUAGAUUUUCCUUUUUCUAUACAGAAGAACAUUUUAUCACCAUUAAUAUUGUGCAUAUUUAUAACUUAUUCAUUAAGAGUAUUGGACAUAGCAAUAUAUACACUAUUAAAAGUGGCAAUGCAUCCUUGUUUUCUUCCUAUGUUUACUAUUUUCCAUUGACAAUAAAUGUUUCUGGAUUAGAUCUUCUUCUAAUAGAGAUAUAUAUGGAAUUACACGUCAGGUGUAGAUGUAGAACCUCAUUGAUAAUUGUAACCCACGAUUGAGCCAAAAUCGGUCUCAGUGGCACAGUCUUAUUUAUAUUUUAUAGCCCUGACUACAUUCAGCUUAGAUUUAUUGCAUACUUUUCAUUUUUAGGAAUCAUUUGUAAAAUAAUAAUUAACUCUGUAGAAACGUUAUUUUGUAUACACGCUUAACUUAAUCCUUUGAUGUUUUUGUUUGUCAGUCUGUCUGCCUAUCGGUUAAUUUUCUUAUUGCUUUCUUAUGUCUGAUUUACACUUCCAGAUAUAUAGGUAGACCAAAACGCACUGUUCCAUAAACCUUAGCAUUUAACUCUUGAUUCUACGUUGUCUGAAGAAUAGUAGAUGAGCAAUUUGAGUCAAAAAACAUCCCAAAAUGAUAAUAAACUGUGUUUUUGAAGUUACUUCAACGGCACUAUAGCAAACAAAUUGGCUGGCGAGUCAGAGUUCAGUUAGCACAGAGAUCUAAUGUUUUAAUUUCAAAUUAACUGAAUUUUCGCCCAAAGACCUGUGGAAUUGUCAUGCUUUUUGCAUUCAUUACUUAUGUUUGUAUUUCUAGACAGUCUAGGACCUUAUCAUAUUUUAUAUCGUCCACUUUGACUGAAGUACUGUUACUGUUUUCCUGCAUUAUCGCUGACAAAUUAUCUAUCCAUACUGUUUUCAACACCAAUCUUAUAAUGAUUUCCCGGAAUACAUGUUUAUGAACUACAGCCAGGUAAACAUGAGAUAGUGCUAGAUUAGUAUUUAUAAACAGGUAAAAAAUCUCUCUCAAAAUAUUCAUCUUAUUUUUUAACAUUUUUGUAUUCCACAUGUCUCUUGGAAAUCAAUAAAAGUAUGUAGGGACGAAAUGUAUUUGAAAAAUCAUUUGAU